AUGGGGAUAGAAAAAGAAGAGGCAAAGGAUGUCAAACGGCCCGAUCCCACUGCAGAUGGAGCUUUUAAGGAUGUUAGAGAUCAAGAGCUUGCUGGUCUGCGACGACUGCGUGGUAUCAAGAGGGCUGUCGUGACGAGGGUGUCAAAGGUGUUAGAGGCAGAGAUAGCAAGACAGCGGAACCGCGAUUGCAUCCAGGAGGUAAACGGAAGGCUGAAAGAAGCUUUUUCUGAUUUGAGAAAAGUUCAUCAGGAGUAUGAAACCAAACUCAAUGACGCAGAACUGGAGGAAGCUCAGGGAUACGCUGAUAAUCUUGAAGAAGAAGAGUCGGCUAUUCGGGGGAAGAUCCAGCUGUACCUUCAAGAGUUGGAUGAAGCCAAGUCAUCAGCUGCCACUUCCCGUCACACUCGAAGUCGUGCCAAGUCACACACGUCAGCAGGCACCGCAGUUUCAGUUCGAUCCAGAGAGGCUGCUGUGGAACUGGAGGACGCUGAUCGCAAGCUGCGGGACCUCCAAGCUCAAGUGGAAGAGAGUCGUCGGAACAUGAAAGAGAGACAGGAAUUAGAUGAACGCGACAGGGUGCUACAGCUCAGAAUAGCUGAAGAGGCCCGCGACAGAGCUGCUCGGAAGGUGCACAUGUAUCAGGCUGCGGAAGACGAAUUGAACUGGGAUCGUCGGCAUGAUUUCGACGAAGCAGCUGUCAAAGGAAGAAAGGCAUCUGCUGAAGGCGAACCAAGUGAGUGGCCGCGCUGGAUCAGUCUCUUCAGAGCACUGGUUCACGAUCAGGCAUCUCUCUCUGACACGGAGCGGAUGGCGCAUCUACAACAAGCAGUAGAUGGAGUUGCCCAUCAAGCCAUCGAGGGAUUCUUGUUCGAUGGCAAGAUGUAUCACCAGGCGUUGGCAAGGCUGCACGAGCGUUUUGGUCGAGAAGGUGACAUCAGCCAAGCAUAUCUCAGCUCCAUGUUCACGACACCAGCUCCUUCAAUCAACAACAUCGCCUCAGUGGAGAGGUUCAGUUCUGCUGUCAGCAACACUGUGCUGACGCUGCGCGCUCUGAACCACUACAAUGAUCUGAGAGCCAUCGAGAACCUGCGUCGAGUAGUAUUGAAGCUUCCUGCGGAGUUGUCCUACCAGUGGGGACGAGAAGUGCAUCAGAUGCACCCCAAGCAGCCCGAUCUGGAGAUCUUCAGCAAGUGGCUGGAGACAGAGACUGCCAUCUUGAGAAACUCGGCCAACCACGACCGCGAUCCAGAAAGAAAAAGGCCAUCCGCGAGUGCACGGGAGACCUCGGCGCGACGAACAACUCUGACUACGUCGGCCACGUCUUCCCAGACGGAAAACAACCGACGUCGCUGGUUCUGUGUCCUGUGCAAGGAACAGCACAAGCUUCAGGAUUGCACGGAGUUCAAGUCGAAGACGGUGGAGGAGAGGCUGGUCGUAGUGAGCAAAGAACGGCUGUGUUGGGGCUGCCUGAACAAGGGUCACUUCAUGAGGGAUUGCCGCUCUGCAAGACGAUGCAACUUGAAUGGAUGUAAUGCAUCUCAUCACCGACUCAUACAUGUGGACAGAAGCGCCGCUUGUAAUGAAGAAAGCCAAACAGAACCAAAAACAGUGGCACGAGAAGGAAGUCGCAUCGUCGGCACGGCUCUCACAGAGACGACAGACACACUGCUGCAGUUGGUGCCGGUGCGGAUUCACGGCCCAAACGGGGAGAGAGACGUAGUAGCACUGCUGGACCCGGGAGCGCAGACAUCGCUCUGCUGUGAAGAUGUCUUGGAAGAGGUUGGGGUCCCUGGAGUCCGAGAGAAUCUGCAGCUACAGAACAUCGAAGGAAGCGGUACCAGACAGUCGUCUCUUCGAGUUCAGCUGACGGUCAGUCCUCUGAGCACAGCGACCAGCAGAAAUCGAAUCGUCGUGCCCGAGGUGUGGUCUGUGCCAAGGUUGAACGUGGCCCCACCCAGCAUGAGUAGCAAGCAGCUUCGCAGCUGGAAGCACUUGCAGGACCUGGACCUACAGCAGUACAACGGCGCACACGUCGAGCUUCUACUUGGUGCCAACAUUCUGGAAGCUGUGCUGCAGCGAGAGGUCAGGGUGGGAGGCCCCGGAAUGCCCGUCGCUAUCCGGACAGACUUUGGCUGGACCCUGACGGGAUCGAUAUCCACCCUGAUUCCAAGCACAAUGCGGCAAGUCAUGUUCGUGCGUCAACGUGCUCCCGAAGACGCUCUGGAGGGUCUGCAAGAGUUGGUCCAAGACUGGUGGACGACCGAGGCCUUCGGCACCAUGAUUAACAGCUCUGAUGCACGAUCUCAAGAAGAUCUCAGAGCUAUGCGAAUCUUGGAUCAGCAGACCAGGAAGGUGGGGGACAGAUAUGAAGCUGGACUUCUGUGGGGUGAAGACGAACCGAUGUUGCCGGACAACUGGAACCAAGCGUACCGACGUCUUCAGUCCAUCGAGAGAAAACUCGACAAGCAGCCAGAACUGGCUACAAGGUACCAAGCCAUCAUCGACGGAUAUGUGAAGGAUGGUCACGCAAGGAAGCUCUCAGCUGAAGAAGCGGACGAACCGAAGGAGAAGCGUUGGUAUCUGCCACACCACGCAGUAGUGAAUCCGAACAAGCCAGGGAAGCUGAGAAUCGUCUUCGACGCUGCGGCAACAUACCAAGGUGUAUCACUGAACUCGAAGCUCAUCACAGGUCCAGAUCUACUACAAAGCCUUCCUGGGGUGAUCAUGCGCUUCAGGGAAGGUCUGAUCGCUGUGACCGCGGACAUCAAGCAGAUGUAUCAUCAGGUGAGGAUCCGGACAGAAGACCAGCCUGCAUCGAGCUUUCUAUGGCGAGAUAUGGAGCGACACCGCAAGCCUGACGUCUAUCAGAUGGAGGUGGUCAUCUUUGGCGCGAAGUCAUCACCGGCAACGGCCAACUACGUGCUGAGAAAAGCUUUUCUGGACCAUGGAGCGGAGACAGACAAGGUUCUCAGCAGAAGUCCCGAGCAACUGGCAAAGUCGUUCUACAUGGACGAUUGCCUGUUCUCUUGCAUGACGGAAGACGCCGCCAAACAGCUGUACGCUGACGUGAAGGAGGCACUGGAGAGAGGAGGCUUUCACCUUACGAAGUGGAGAAGCAGUUCCUCCGCUGUGCUGAAAGGCGUUCCAGAGAGUGAGAGAGCCAGCGCCUCUGCGAGCCUAUGUCUCAGGAGCUCGCACACCGCUGAAAAGACGCUGGGCAUCGCAUGGGAGGAAGGCGAGGACACAUUGGGGUUUCGUCUCCAAGCCAAAGAAGUGAGUGCAACCAAGCGUGGUGUGCUCAGCAAAGUGUCAACAAUUUUUGACCCUCUGGGGAUCGCUGCUCCUGUUACCGUGAGAGCAAAGAUGCUGAUGCAGCGACUCUGGUGGAAACAUCUGGAGUGGGACGAGCCACUACCCGAACCUGAGCUGAGCCAAUGGUUGGAGUGGCUGAGUGAAGCAGAGAAGCUGAACGAAGUCGUGAUGCAACGCUGCGUGAACCCCAGCGGCCCAGGGACACUGCGACGCCAACGUCAUGUGUUCUGCGAUGCGUCAGAGAGUGCGUUCGGCGCUGUGGCAUACUGGAGGACAACUUCGAGCGAUGGAUUACACCACUGUCGCUUCCUGAUCGGCAAAUGCCGAGUCGCACCACUGAAGCGACUAUCAAUUGUCCGUCUGGAGCUGCAAGCAGCCGUUCUUGGAGCGCGUCUGGUGGCUACCGUCCUCGGUGAGAUCACUCAGCCGCAGGAUGACAUCUUCUGCUGGACGGACAGCAAGGUCAUCCAGCAGUGCCCUGAUAAUGAAACUCGACGGUUCAAGACCUUCGUGGCCAACAGACUUGCAGAGAUUUACGGGCUGACCUGCAACGCGUGCUGGCGCAUUAGCCUCCGCGAGCGCUGCAGCGGCCUCGGCGCACGCGGCGGUGGCCUCCUCGGCCGCCUCAGCACGGGUGGCGGCUACCUCCUCGGCUACACCAGCUCGGGCGGUAGCUUCCUCGGAUGUGGCGGUUUCUGCUUGGGCGGCAGCGAUUCGUCUAGCAGCGACGACGUCGCCAGUCGCCUUGGUGCGUCGCUGCUGCUGCUUCUGCUGACCUCCGCCGUCCACUCCGCCGCGGUGACGUUCCAGCUGACCUCCUCUGACCAGGCCUCCUCACUGACCCCCGUCCUGACCUCCCCCGGCGACCGGCCGCUCACCUGCGCCCUCCGCUGCCUGCGCACCACUCCCUGCGUCUCCUUCCAGACAUCCGCCUCCUCCUGCGUCCUGCUGGCGGAGGUGCCGUCCGCCUCCAACCUCACCGCCUCCCCCGGCACCCUGAUCUUCACCAACUCUGACCUGCUGGAUGGCAGGAUCCCCCAGGAGUGUCCCCUGACGUGGACCAGGAUCGGGAACGCCUGCUACACCACUGACGCCGUCAGCACCUCGUCGGCGCUCUGGGAGGAGGACGCCAGCUACUGCAGCAGCGCCUACGGCCCCGCCGCCUCCCUGCCCACCUUCGAGACCGAGGAACAGUGGGGCUACUUCGUCUCCAACAUCAGCGUCCGCGUGUGGUUCAACAUCCGCUACACCGACGGCGGGUUCCAGAUGCUCGGUGGCUCCAAGUCCACCUUCUGGUCCUCCAAAUGGGGUGUGGAUGAGCCGGGCUCCACGGACGACGGGUUCGCCUACUUUGACGCGCGGAGCGGCGUGAUGAGGGCGGUACCGCUGGAUGUCGGGGCCAUGCCGAGGCCCGAGGUGGUCUGUAUGCUGUACGCCGGGGAGCCGUAG